ACAUGACAGCAGUGCUCUCCCUUUGAGUAUCUUUAGAAUCAUCACAAUGGAAGAUGAAUGCUGACAGGGAACUGUGCUUUGGGUGCUUUGAACCUGAAUUGAGACAUACGCUGAUCGACGAUCUGGUUUUGUUUCCUCAAAGUGACUGAUUUCGUGUUGUUACCCUGCCUGGCCUCCAUCACAAAGGAAUGUUUUGCUCUGCGUGAGGAAUAAUAAUGGAUGUAUUCGCUUGUGGGUUUAAUGGAUUUCAACAAAUAUCUCAACUACAGGAACUGGACGUUCAAAAGAAAUCUACACAGGUCAAUGUGCCACCAUAUUUUGACAGCCCAGUCAAACUGAAUGUGACAACAGACAGUCUGUCCAGUUCACGAUGUUUGAUCACGUGGUCAAAACUGCGUUUCCUACGCAACAAAGAGUCUGGUGACACGGAAGAGUUGCGUGGUCCCGUGGCGGGCUCCUGGGACAGAACGGUGUACAGGACAGCAACAGGUCAAUAUCACAUCGGGGACGGGGACGGGGAUGCCGUGCCCCACCCCACAGUACGUGUAGACGUGGGCCCUCGGGUAGACCACGUUGUUGGCGGGGAGGACAGGCUGUAUUGUAUACAUGAUGGCGGAAGAUUAUCAGAGAUCGUGGAGGGUGGCGCUAUCAGUAGAGGGACAACAGAGGGCCAUGACCCACGUAAAUGUAGUGAUGGAAAGGUUGCGUUUAUGAGACAGGUUUUUGAAGCUUGUCCAGUCACAAGCCUGUCUUGCGGCAAAGAACACGUUCUCUUCCUCACAGAAAACGGCCAUGUUUUCAGUUUUGGACUUGGUAGCCGUGGUCAGCUGGGUCACGACACCGUGGAGGAGGAGAAGGAGCCGAGGAUGGUGGACUGUCUGGACGGCCUCUGUGUGGUGGGCGUGGCAGCCGGAGGGUGGCAUUCAGCUGCUGUCACAGCUAGUGGUGAUCUGUUUACAUGGGGGUGGAAUGAGAGCGGCCAACUUGGACACUCGACUGGGCAUCUGUGUGGAACAGAUGUCACUGCAAUACACGACGAAGGCAUGGAAGGGACAGCUAGAGACUCGCCAAAUCUUGCUGAAAUCAGCCCCAUCAAAGCUACUGAUCCUGAAUCAAUUCAAGUCAAAGGUGCAGACCAAGAAGGUGGUCAGACACAAGGGACUGUUAGAGUCACACAGAUUCACGGAGGCCUUCCCGUUAAUGCUGACGAGCAAUGUUCCAAUCCAACACAGAAUCCUUCAGUCUGUUCGGAUCCCCUCAAUACAGAAACAGCGGGCACUGAUGCCAGUAGGGAACCUGCUGAACCUCUGAACACCAUCAUUACCAGUGUCGCGGGACAGGAGGCUGGACGUGGAGAUGGUGCAGGACAUGACAAGGUCAUAGAUGAGGAAUAUCCGAAGGUCAUAGAUGAGGAAUGUGGGAAGGUUAGGGGUGAGGAACAUGGGAAGUUUGUAGAUGAGGAACUUGGGAAGUUUGUAGAUGAGGCCAGAGUGUUGCUGAUAAGCUCCCCGUUGUUGGUGACGUCACUGCCAGACGACUACACUGCUGUCAAGGUGUCGUGUGGAUCUCGCCACACUGCCGUUGUUACAGGCAGAAUACAGUCCCGCAGGGCCACAAGUAAUAUGUUUCCACGAAAUAUAUCCUGCAGUCUGAAACACCUUAAAAGGAUCAGGUCAGAAGUUAUAACUGCGCGAAAAUGCACCACACGAAGGAAAGGGUACGUCCCCUAUGGUAAAACAGGGUCUGGAAAUUAUGGGUCAACGUUCACCCCUCAAACGGUUGAGUUCAUGAAGCCUGUUCGGGACAAGCUCCUCAGUCUAGUGACAGAAAUACCCUUCAAAGAGCAGGUGUUCAACAUCGGCGACUACGGCACAGGAGAUGGAGCAACGUCCAUGACGUUACUGAAGGAGUUGUUGGUGGUUCUGAAGGAACGUCAUGGUUCUGAACGGCAGUUCCAAGUCAUCUACGAAGACCAGGAUUUAAACGACUUCAAUUCUUUGUUCAAACGUCUUUCUGGGGCCAUCCCAGAUCCCCCAUCUUACCUUUUGAAUAUGAACAAUGUCUUUGCUCUUACUUCAGGUGUACACUUCUAUAAACAGUGUGUGCCGUCCGACUCCAUGCAUUGUAUCAUGUGUAUGAUCGCUGCUCACUGGCUGUCCAAGACCCCGACCCUGUAUAAGGAAUCGCUGUACAUCUACCCCGACAGUUCUGCAGAAGAAAAAACGGCUCUACGGGAUCAGAGUAUCUCUGACUGGGAGACGUUCUUGCUGAUGAGAAGUAGAGAACUAAAGAAAGGGGGAGUACUUGCUGUGUCCCUCUCCUGCGAAUACGUUGAUGAAACAAGCAGACAAAUCUCAUUCACCUUGCAGAACUUUGUGUUUCUCAUGACGGACGUGUGGCGGAAUUACAGAAAUACCGGAAAGAUUACGGACAAGGAAUUCAUCAACACCAACAUAGCCUACUGCCAUUACAACAUGAAUGAUCUCAAGGAGCCUUUUGAAAAUAAUACAUCAGCAGUUUGGAAAUCAGGUCUUCGUCUUGUUUCAACUGAAGUAAUCAUCAACAACAAUGUCUUCUACUCCGCCUGGAAGCAGAGGAAGGACCUGGAAGGUGUGGAUGACAGAGACGGGUUCGCCAGGGCGUACGUGGCCGCCCACAGGAACUGGAGCAACAGUACCUUCAUCGACGGCCUCUCAGACGCUCGCACACGAGAGGAAAGACUGAACAUUGUGGAUGAUUUCUAUGGCGAUAUACAGGGAAGAAUAGCAAAUAUGAAUCCAGAUGUCUUUAAAGAUGAGUCAUGUCUCAACUACCUUGUCAUUGUCAAGGAGUAGGAGUGGCGUGGCAUCUUUAGUUUACACCCCCAAAUAAUUACAAUGGCUCAUCUAUACAGACAUUAACAGAUAUAUCAUUAACGCUAACAUGGUUAACUUCUAGCUAAUGAUCCCAAUCUAUCUGUUACUGAUACAGGAAUUCCAGCACUUGUUCAUGUUUCACCUAAAUGCACUGUGAGGCUGGUCAGACUAAUCGUUUUACCCCUCAACACGCAAAGCAUGUGUACCGUCAACAGAUAUUUUCCAAAUCUUUUCAUGUUUUUAAUCAAGGUGCUCACGUGAUUUCAUGCACUUCGCGAAGUAAGAACCGUUUUAUCCCACGAUAGAUCUUGAUUAUCGAUCGGAUCGUCUUCACUGGGCGCCGUGCAAGUGUAAUCAGAGGUGGAAUCUGAUUGGUCAAUAGGAGGGACAUAGAAGGGACAUAACUCGUAAUAGCCACUGGUGGCACUACAAUCAAACCCAAAAAUUCCGGCCGAGUUCGGCAAGGGCGAAAACUGGACGUUUACAAGAUAUUUCUUCGGAUUAUUAAAAGAGUUUUGUCACAUUUAUUCAUCGCCAAGCCAGACGUCAGCGAACUGUCUUCAAAAGGCAAAAUUUAGAGGUUCCCAGAAAGAUAUUUGAACAUUUUUAGCUACUCUUUGACCCAAGAUGUAUUACCGAAUGUUGUUGAAGACGGUGCAUCAAUAAAAAAUGAA